CAGAAUCUGAAACCGCUCUUGCACCCCUGACAGGUGCAGUGUGGAGAGCACUGCCCUCUCUGGCGAUCCUGAACGGGGCGCUGAGCACUGGAGAAUCCGCCUCGUUUCCACAGCCAUCGGUGUACACAGAAGUUGAAGCUGAUGUUGCUGGACAUCUGACAAGCCUCAACCCGAUCAGCGAGUCCUUAGUUCCCACUCCGCACAUUGACCAAGUGUUGAACGAGUUGGCAAAAUCACUACACUCCUGUCAUGUUGACGGCACAACAACAGACCUGGACUCCCAGACUGCGAGCUCAUCGCAUUUCAGACAAUUGAAUAUUCAGAGUCAACCAAUGGCGUCGGACGAGUCAGAGUCGGAUACACCCACAAGCACGUCAGAAAACCAUGCGCCGCAGCCCACCACCACUGCUGCCGUGAAAGCUGUCACUCAUCGCAAGACUUCUAGCAAAAGCACGGGUGUAAAGUCAAAUAGGCCUCAGACACAGACCUUACCUGUCCAACGUCGAUCCAGUCGUCAAACAGGAGGCAAGAACCAAGUCGAACAGCACAAAAUCGGCAAGAAACCCAUUGUGACCCGACACGCAGCUCCCGAGCCGGCACACCCACCACACAGCAUGCAGAGUACGCUUGUGCAGCCACCUUCAUCAGACACAUCAUCUGCUUCAGCAACUGUACAGAGCAGUGAAGUGCCAUCAGAACAGCAGUCUUAUCCACAAACCAACUCCAGGAAGCUGAACACUGAGACAGCUCUCCGCGAGGAAGUGGAACGGCGGGUGAAGGCGGAGCAUGCCUUGCAGCUACUGACGUCCACUGUACAGCGACUUCAAGGAGAAGUCAACACUCUAAAAUCGGCCGGUGUUCGUUGGAAGCAACAGUGGGUACAGGCCAGUUCACAGCUACAAGCGGUCGUCAAGGAAGCCGAAGCUGUCAGAGAUCAGCUGAAAGAAGAGAAGGUGCUGAAUAAUGAGUUGAAACAGAGACAGGCACAGCAAUUCAGUGAUGCUGACCGUGAGCUCAAGUCGCUGCAGGAUAAGUUAGCAAGCACUGGAACCCGUCAUGCAGCCGAGUUAAAGCAGGAGAAGGAUGAAGUUCAACGUCUUACACUGCUAUGUGCUCGUCACCAGCAAGAUGCGGACACACUGCGUGCUGCCAUCACCGCCCAGUCCUCGCAAACUCAGUUCCUCCAGGCGAUGGUUGGGGAUUUGGUCAGCAAGAGAAAUGCCAAUCUGCCUGAGGAGCUGAGCAAGCUCAUAAUGGAGAGCGCUGUGGGAAAACGAGACGGACCGUCCGAGGCACAUGCUGCACUGGUUACACAACUGCACAAAGAAAUCGACAACAAGGAAAAGCAAUACAGUGCACUGGAGGAUGAGUUCAGGGAAGCACUGAAGAUGGAAGCGGCACGUUUCCAACAGUUGCAAGUUGCUGCAGAGGAGCAAGCUGUUCGCUGCUUCCAGGUGUCUGAUGCACUCGAGAGGACUGAAUGUCAGGAGAAGGAAGCCACUGCUAUGGUGGCACGGCUGACAGGGGUGUUGCGUGAUCAGCAGAAUAAAGUAAGGGACCUCACACAAAAACAACUGGAGACCAAGUCACCUAAAGAGAUGCAUGCAAGCUAUGAGCGUCAGAUAGCAUCCCUGGAAGCCACUGUCCAGGCUCUGAGGGAUGAGCAGCAGAGAUGGCAAGCCGAUCAGCAUCAGAAAGAGAGUGCUCUGCGAAAAGAACGACUCGACCUGGAGAUGCAACUGUCCAAGGCCACAGCACAAACUGCAAACUUACGUGCCCAGUUGCAAGAGGCCAACGAAUCGCUCGUUGUCAAGUCCAAGAUGCUGGAUGAUCAGAACACGGCCAUCAAAGAGUUGAAAGAGAAACUAGCCAAGUCAAAAACGCAGCUUACGGAUGAGUCGCGCUCCAUGGCAGGGCGGCUGCAACAGGCCGAGGAGAACCUGGCCUCCAUCUCCAUAGCCCACCAGGACCUGCAGGAAGAGGUGGAUGCGCUGCGCGAGCGCAAGCAACAGUUGAAAUCCGAGCUGGCAACAGCCAGCGGGCACCUGCAGGAGUUUGACUCGGCUUGCAGUGUUCUACAGGAACAAAUCAGCAAGAAAGACGCACAGCUUGGUGAGAAGAAGGCCACCAUUGAAGAACUUCAAAAGAAAAUUGCAACACUGGAAGAAGAGCUGCAGCGGCUUCAUGAAGCUAUUGCAGAGCAAACCACGAAACACAAGCUGGACUAUGAACGGCAGGAAGCAGCUUCACAGCAAAGGAUUGAGUCCAGUGAGGUGGAACACCGCAACGAGUUGCUAGCUGUCAAGCAAGUCCACGAGAAACUUCUGGAAGAGGCAGAGAAAAAGGUUACGUCUGUCGAGCAAGAGAUGCGAAUGCUGUUAACGGAACAAGAGGCUAAACAGAGAGAUGUGCAAACUCUACUCGCUCACCUGCAUGGCCUCGUUGCAUCGGACAUGCCACCACCGCUUCUCCCAGUGCCACAGCAGAUCCCAGCCGGUCAUGGCGAACACCAACGUCAUCACUCUGCAUCACCACUACCAACAGCACACACAGUGCAUGAGCCGCAUUCACAGCAUUCGCAACUGCCGCCGCAUCCAACGCAGCCACAGGUGGAUCAACGUCAGCAGUCGCAUCCACCUACAGGCCAGCUGUCUGGGUCACAACCCGGAAGCACGCAGCACAGUUGCCACGCACCAUACAGUGUACGAGGUGGUUCUGAGCGACGCUCUGACUGCUGCUGUAGUGCACACCAAGCACAGCACCAUACCAGACGAGGAGAUGCCUCAUCACCCACAUGCAAUACAGCAACACACAGGGAGAGUGCGCUGACAGAGGCCUCGAGCUCACAGCACACAGAGGACCCUACACAUGCCAACAAGCAAUCCACACAGAAAGCAACCCGUGAUCAAACAGAAUCACGGCAGGUGACUCACUCCUUGGGCAAAGCUAGAAUUUCAUCAUCUAGCCAGCUACAACAAGAGGUACAGCAGCGCCUGCAAAAGAAGCAGCGGUUACUACAGCAACUGGAACAACUCAAUGCAGCUGGAUAUAAAUGAUUUUUUUACUUCAACAUUUCCACUUUUCGAUUAUAAUGAUAUUGAUUAGGACAAGUGCCAUUUUACUGAUAUUCCGAUCCGAAUUAUAUUGGAAAAUGCUGCAUCCAGAAACGGUUCAAUCAAAAUUGCUCAGAGCCUCAGACCUAAGUUUGUAUCCUUGUCGUUUUUGUUUAGUUUUUGUUUUAUGGAGUUGGUCUAAGUUUGUUUUGUUGUUUUAUGUUUUAAUACCUGUAGUUUAGGUUAGCGCAAUUGUGCAAAUUGUGCAUUGUGUGGGCAGUGAAACUGGUAUCGUAUCUUCCGGGGUCAAAGCCACGUUUAUUUUCUUCUCGAAAUUGAGCUAGAAAUCUGCCUUGCAGCAUAUACCCAAACAGGACACAAAAUUUGCACGUUAAUUUUACACCCGAGGACGCACCCAGUGUGCUGACAGUGCUCAA